CAAAUCGGUAAUCAAACGUGCCAUUUGUCUAGGAAAGGUAUAGGUCGGUGGUUUAUCAAUCAGUUUGCUUUUUCUAAUUUUAAUACGGCUUGGCUGACGAGCUGCGAACAUGGGUUCCAUACUGGGCAAAACCAUGGAAGAUAACUUCAAGAAGCAACAGGAAUUCAUGGAAAAGAAUCAAGAAAUAAUGCUGGAGCGACAGAUACAGAUGCAGAACCAGAUGCGGGAGCGCCAAGCAUCUAUGAUGAUCGCUCGCUCCCGGGACCUGUUUGCCUGGUUUGGAAGCUUCUACGCAAUCUGCGCUCUCGCUGGUGUUGCUGGUUUCGCCAAGACGAAGAAGCCUGGUCCACUGAUACCUCUCGUUCCACUUUCGUUCAUCUUCGGGUAUCAGUAUGACCUCGCGUAUGGCACCAAGAUGGAGAGAUGUAGAGAGGAAGCGACGCGGGUGCUGCUGGAGGAAGGUUCAUUGAUACAGCUUCCUCGCGGUCUGCCCACCAUACAGUCCAUAGACGCCGCUCGCCAAAAGAAGUAGGCGAAGCUUAUCGGGCGUGUGCAUAGACACUCAGGACUAGUGUAUUUGGUGAAGCUCUCGAGACAUUGAAUGGUUCAGAAUGUUGUGUAAACAAAAUAUUAAGUGUUGUUUUUUUACAAACGUGUUAUGUCAAAAGUGUUUCAAUUUAUUAGAUGUGCUUGAAAAGGAUAUCUAGUCCUUUCAAUAAAUGUAUUGGGUGUUCUGUAAAAGAUCACAUAGAAAUUCAUGAUGAAUACAAUUUAUCUUUCAACAAAAGGUGCCAUUAACUGUUUUAUUUAGUUCCAUGAUCUUGUAAAGACAGCAUAAUAUUAAUAUAAAGAAAAGUGCUAAUGAAGUGUAUACAUUACUCAUUUCCAACAAUACUGUAUUAUAUUUAUUGUAUGUUAGUGUCUUGUUUGUAGACGAGUUGAUGUGUAUAGGGUAAUAAAGCCAUGAUUAGAA